AUGACAGGAAUAGCUUCCGCGCCUCGGUACAGCGCAGACGACUUUGAUACAGCCUCAGUUCACUCUGCGGCUCCCUCCUAUGUCUCAGAGGUGCCUUCAUACCGCUCUCGGACGGCACAUAGUGAGGCCCCUCCGUCAUAUGCGGCGACAGCUGCGACGACAGCUGCCGUAGCAAGGACGUCAUCGCGGAGAGAUGCUCUCAGGACACAGAAUUCUUUGCCCGGGAGGCAGACAAUUGGACUGCCACCGCUUCCACCGCUUGCCUCACCAAGCGCCCUGAACACUCACAAUUACCGGAUCCCUACAUGGUCGGCCAAUAACGCACCGGCAGCCCGUCACUAUCGCAAUGUGGCGGAGAGGCGAGCUACUGACGGAUGGCUGCAGGCUGCAGCUGCAGAAUUGAUUGUUGGCAUGCGAGACUCUACAAUCAACCGACAAAAUGAUAGUAGCGAAGCUCCCCCUCGCCCAUUAGAAGAUCCAUACUUGGUCGGUGAGCAAGCCGCCGCAGAAGCCCGCCGGCAAAGGAUAGCCAGAGAGGUUAACGAGAGCAUGUUGAAAGAAGAGGAUAAGCAAUGGGACUGGAUGCUGGCUCAGAUGAAGACUCGGGAAGAAAGAGAUAGACCUUGGACUCGGCUUCGACAAGAGGCAGCAGCUCAAAGCCGGCGGAGAACGUUAUUCGGACGGAUCGGUGGACGAUUACCACGAUGA